AUGCGUGGAUUCAUUGUUUUGUGCUUGUCCGCCGUGGCCGUCGCCGCGCCGCAAGGCUACAACUAUAACCAAGGUUCCGCUGGUGGUAGCUCCGGCGCUGCUGGUCUCAUCUCUCAGGGACAGGGUUCUUAUACACAGUUUGGCCAGUCUUCCGGCGCAGGCGGUGCUUUCUUCCAAGGCGGAAAUGUAGCUGCUGGUGGCGGUGGCGGUGCCGGUUUCUUCAGUCACGGUGGUGGCGCUGUGGCGCAACAACAACAAGCCAUCAUUUCGAAACGUUUCUUCAUCCACACUGCGCCCGAAGAAAACGAUGAACAAUACCAGGAGAAACACAUCACCAUCGGUGCACCACGCAAGAACUACAAUGUUGUGUUCAUCAAAUCGCCACACCGCUCGCACAAGAAGGCUUCGAUCAAGAUCACGCCCGCCACCAACGAGGAGAAGACUGUCAUCUAUGUGCUCAACAAGAAGACCGACGGCACCGAAAUCGAUGCCCAAGUGCUGGAACAGCCCUCAGUCACCACCAAGCCCGAAGUUUUCUUCAUCAAGUACAAGACCGCCGAGGAAGCCCAACAUGCCCAACAGGAAAUCCAAGCGCAAUACGAUGCGCUCGGCGGCAGCAGCCAGGUCACCGACGAGGGAGUCGCUCCAGUCAGCUCUGUUAUUGGGUCUUUGGGCGGCGGCGAUGCUGCUGGAGCUGGUGCAAGCGCUGGCGCAGGUGCUGGCGUUGGUUUCGGUGCUGGUAUUGGCGGCGGUAUCAUCGGCGGACAUGGCGCUAGCAAUGCUUACUUGCCACCCAAUUUCAAAUAA